AUCUCGGCUUCUGAGUUACUGAGUGAGUGGAGAUUGAAAUCUUCUUCCAUCGUCGUAUAUUUUCAGUUAUUUCCUAUUUUUACGCAACUGAAACUUAUUUUAUAUACUACUUCCAUUCUCUGUCUGUUCAAGUUUAGAAAAAAAUGCAUAUCACUUGAUGUUUUGUUUCUUCGUAUGUAGACUAGUAUGGCUGCCUUAUUUUCGAAUGAUGAUUAUUUUCCUUGACGUUAACUGUUUUGAUCGGUUUAUUUCAGGUAACUAGAAGAUUUAAAAUGUCACAACCUACACGGUAAGUUCAUCUUAAUGUAUGCCCAUGCUUAUGUUUAUCUAAGAUUUUGAGGUUAAGCUAAGAAAUGCUAAAUUUUUAGAUUUAGCUUUGUAGUAGAUUUCGAGUAUAAUUUGUUACUGUCUGAUUAUGAGCGGAAUUUUCAUCGAUUUCAUUACUAGCUAACCGAUGCUUACUACAUAAGGGUAGCAUCCGUUAUGUAUGUUAAUAACAGUUUGAAAGAAUAUCACAAUCACAUUUUCACACAGAAAAACUAAAACAGUAUUUGGACUCAUUCCCUAUUUGCCAAAUUGCAAAAGAAUCCUAUCCAGUUAAAGCCUAAAAUAGCACAGACACUGGUGUCUAUAAAACCUUGUGUGUGACUGUAGUGAGAAUAUAAUGUGUUUGUAAGAAUUGUUGAAUACGAAAAUCAUUUCUUUCUACCUCUGCAUUUCGGGUUUGGAGCUCUUCACUCGAAAGUGAUUUUAAGGUUUUUAUCACUCAUAGUUGGCAGUCAAUCUUAAAACUUCUUGAUAAGCUCUGUGUUUUAUUCUUAUCAAUGAAUGUUGUAUUUUUUGUUUUUUGAUCUGAUACUUCUGGGAGCAAAAGGGUUGUGACAUUAAGAUGAGAAGCCUUCCUAUCAGAGCACUUUUGUUUUUAUAUUUUAGCCUGUAUACAAAAGGCAUUGUCCUUGGCUACAAGAGAGGCUUGCGUAAUCAGCAACCAAACACCUCCCUUCUAAGAAUCGAAGGAGUAGCUGCCAAGAAUGAAACAGAUUUCUACCUUGGCAAACGCGUUGCCUUUAUCUACCGUGCCAAAAGAAAGUCAGUAGCCAAGGGAGAUAAGAAAGCCAGUAAAGUGCGAGUGAUGUGGGGAAAGAUCACAAGACCUCAUGGAAACAGUGGUGUUGUACGAGCAAAGUUCAGGCAUAACCUUCCACCUAAAGCAAUGGGUGCUACUGUUAGAGUGGUAAGCUAUUUUUCCAAAAUAAUACCUUAGACAUUUGAGAUCCAAUGAGUGAUUCUCCCCACUGACUGCAGCACAUACCUUGUAAAUAACACAGGAGAAUUUGGUCUUUUAAAGUAACCUCUGGAAGUUGAAAGGAUAAGGCUCUCUUCACCCUCACAUUUUAUUUGAUGAUCAUCAAACAGAGAUAAUUCUUUUUUGUAUUUUUCUUAAAUAUUCAAAAUUCUCACUGUGUAUUAGAGUGUGUCUAUGAAUAAAGCUGAACAAAGUGAAAACACUCUUAUCCUCAACAAGUCAUUCAGAUUGAUCAAUUAUUGAGCCUACUUAGUGGAACAGCUUCAAAACUUUGCCUGUAAAACCACAACAGAUAUUUCACUGGUGGUUUUCAUGAAAUUCAUGUAUACACUAGGCAAAUCUAUGGAAAAGUAUGUGGUUUGAAAAAAAUUCAAAUUUAUUGUAAUGUGGCUUAGGUUAACUUAGUCAAUCAAGGAAAAUUUUGAAGUUCUGAGCUGUGACGAAAUAUAUGUUUCUGUGAAAUGCUGAUUUAUUAAUUCAGCAUUCUUGAUGUUUAACUACACUUGAACAGAGCUCAGAAUAUUUAAUUCUCUUAUAGCAUCAUAAAUUUCUUGGAAUUUUCUUAUCAGGACUAGUCCAGGUAAUGAUUUGUAUGACAGAUAAGUAUCUGACAAAUCUUAUGUAUUGUCUUUCUUUCUGUUCACAGAUGUUGUACCCUUCAAGGAUUUAAGUUGAAUUCUUGUGCUCUACAGUUGUACAAAUAAAAUCCCUUCAUAACAUAUUUAAGUUGUGAGUGGUUGUUGUUGUUUUGUUUUGUUUUUUUUGCUUUUCACCACUUUGUAACCUAUUGGAAAGAGAACUCUGUACUUCCUUUGAGUACUACAUUGCAAUGCCACUCAAACUAUCAAUGUAUUUUGUCACCUAACAAUCUGUUACCAUAAUAGAAUAAUGUCAUCUGGAAAUUGAAUUUAUUGUAUAGAAAAAGCAUUUUAAAAGAAAUUGUGGAAUCCCCGGAGAAUGGCAGUAUGCAACUUAUGCACUAAUGUAAAGGGGCUCACCAACACCCUGUUUAAUUGCCUAGUAGAAAAUUUCUCUUUUUUUGGGGUUGGUUAAUUGUCUCUCUUUACACCCACACGAUGAUUAUAGUUGGAGGCAAUUCAUCAGGCCAAAUUAGAAAAUUGAGUCUUGCUCGGCUAAGUCAACAACCCCUUAAUGAGAAAAUAGUUCACAAGAGAAAUAACGUGUGUCUGUUCGUUUUUUCCGGUCCCUGCAAAUGUGGUGAAAUGUAAGAUGAUAUAAUGGUGGUAAUGCACGAAUAGGAUGCUAUUGGAGAAUAUGAUACAUUUGUUCCCCUUUUUGAAAUCUUCUCCAGUGUAAGUUAUGGGCUAAUACUCGUCAAGUUCCAAGAACACUGACCUUCGAAUUAAGGCGAAUUACAGAACUAUUCUUGUGAAUCAAUUUCUUGGUUCGCCCUUUCCCUUGUUUUAGAGCUGAGUCAUGCAUCUGCCUCAUUUCAAGUUGCAAUUGUCUACCUUUUCCCUUGCGAUGAGAAUUCUUCCGUCGUAACUAAGACAACUGAUGACGUAUGUGACGACACAAUCAUAAUUUGACAUCAUAAGCGCAAAUUUCCGCGCGCAGCGCUACCAGUCGAACGGUUUCGCCAGGUGAUUAAGCCUUUUUGAAGAAAACAUGUAGCAUUAUUUUUUUUGGCAGCGGAAACCCUUGUGGGGUUCACACAGCGAUUGACAACAUGAUCACCAACAUUUCCUUACAGAGGUGCAAAUUUUUGAAACUCUGAAACAUUUCCUUCCGAGCACACUAUGUCUCGAAGAUACGAAUUCGCCAUGCAGAAACAUGGUAAAGGGCAGAGGAGAAAAACAAAAGAAAAGCUUCAGCUCAACACACUUGAUCUCCAGGCGUUACCGUUAAUCAAAGACCAACGGGAAUCCGAGUAUGAGGCCAGCUGGAGAAAAGAUCUGUUGUCACCAGAGGAAAAGGAGGAAGACCUAGCGACAGCUGCUAAGAGUGAGAGUGAUCUUCCGUUAACAGUGCAUGCAGUGGGAAUAGGAAAACAGAAGUCUAAUGACUACAUCGAGCAGGAGUUUAGCGGCAUCACUGAUAGAAUAUCAAAGGUAAAAUAUCACGAAUAAAGGGUGGAGAGGGGAGGGGAGGGGAAAUAAGCUUCUGACGAAACUGUGGCGCUGCGUCGGUGGGCGGAAUAACAAGAUAAUUUGAUUUUAUCGACUGGGUUGACAGUGUAAAUUGUCCGCCGUAAAGAGUUUCUAAAGCUGAUCUUCCCAGCGUUAGCCCUUCGUCAGAGCGAGGGACAUGUAUUUGAUUCGUAGGUUAAGAAGCUGUAGGCAAAAGUUCCCCUGGGGAGGGAGAGUAAAAACUGAGGGAUGAUAGAUGUAGAGAUUUUUGAGACUACACUUUGAAUGAUAGGCCAAGCUCACAUUUGAUUUAGCCUCGAUAAAUACCAUUAUCCUUGUUUGAUAAGUAAACUGUUAGAUGUUUUAAAAAAAAUCAUUUUCUGAUUAAUUAUACCGCUUAAAAAGUAUGGUGACGAUUUUCUUGUUGUUUAAUCCUUUAAGAGUUACUCGAUAAGAUGAUCAAAAUAUUUUUGAAAAAAAUUCGUAGACGAGUCAGCAUUUGUAGUUAAGACUGCGUGAUCUCCUGGAGGUCGCUUUCUAGAAAAUAGACGUCAUAUGUUCGAUUCAGACAAAUUUUAAUGUUUGAGAAUUCGUUUUUUAUCUUUCAGUUGCUAACGGAAUACGAAUCCAUGUACGAUGACAAAGAUCCAAAGGUAAAGCCUAUGAAACAAGAAACGUUUCGCUUACACCCUAACAUCAGUAUCCAUAUCUUUCAUACUCUUCUCUAUAUUUCUCCUUUGGGACUGACUCGGACAAUUUGUUUAACAAUUGUCGACCAUUUCCGAUAUUCUCACGAUCUUAAUGAAUGAUUCAGGAGUAUUACUUUAAGGAGAAAUAAGAUGCUGAUAACUCUUGGAACUUGAACGGUUAAGUUUGAUUAGAGUAAGCCGCGUGCAUAAAAUUGUAAACUAGAUUAUCAGGAAGCAUUUCUCAUUAUAACCUAAGGAAUUACAAAUCUGAAAGGUCUCAUAAGGAAUGGGAAGGCUCUGAGCUUGGCACAAGUGUUAUAAACAACAAGAAGCACAGGAUACCCAGCAUCGCCUUAACCAAAGAUACGCCUAGCGUCAUCCUGUAAUCUUUAACAACUUUAUAAAAGUCAAAGAAAGUCCAGUUUUUUUAAGUUAAAUUUUUAGCUUUCGUGUUUUCACUUUGUAACUCAUGUGUGUGUGUCCGCUAAUGGUAGCCUCAAGGAGGUUUGAUCGCAAACAGUGUGUCAUCUUUUUGUCUCCUCAGGGAUAUGGCGCCAUGCAGGAGCAUCUCAGCGGCCAAGUAUUGCACCCUUCUCUUUGCUCUUGUUAAAAUUAUCUUUCGUUCUUCAUGUCAUAAAUUAUCUGCCAGGAUUGCGUUUUUCAACGGGCUAUCACCAAUAGAACGGAAAUAAACUGAUCCAUUAGACGUAGAAUGUAGAGGUGAUAGCACUCCCUGAUUCCAUUCCACAACAUCGCCUGAGAAACAAAUAUUAAUAUUUCAAAAAAAUUCAUCUGAAAUUGAAUUUGUCUGAUCCUCACAAUGACGAGAAAAACUACCACACUGAAGUAUCUAAGAAUCUAAAACGCAUCCAAUUUCAAAACGCUGAUUUGACACAUUUUUUUUCUUAUUAAGAUUGCCAUGGAAAGUUUGUUAAGUGAUUACAAAACUUUGUGUGACGAAAGAGAAGAGGUAAGUUCACCACAAAACUGAGUAAAGAUAAUCUACAGUUUAAUUGUGGUUUAACAUCCGCUGCGUGUUAUUCAACCGUAAGCUCGCCUGCUUACGUAGCAGAUUCACGCACAUUGAUAUUCAUAAUUCUUAGUACUGAUAAAGCUCACAAAAUUUGGAGCAAAAUUUUCUAGAACUGUUUCAACGUUACUUGGAUAUUCAAUGCGUGCAAAAAGGAGAGAGACAAAACAAUUCUAACAUGACGGUUCAUCUUAGCAUUUUUUCUCCCCGCGUUUCCCCGCAAGCCACCUAAUGUCACAAAUCAAGGAAACUUUCUUUGGUGGAUAUAUUUAACCUCUAACGACAACGAUCAUCGACAGUAGAAGCUAAUUUUGCUUUAUUCAUUGCAGUUACUAAAUUCCCUUCAAGAUGUAAGUAUUAUCCUUUUGUUCUCGUCCUGUUGCACUGCUUUUUAUGGCUGCGUAAACAUCCUACCCGAAGCUACAGGCGGCACACCGAUGUUAUGGUCUACAUCGGGAAUUUUUAACGGCAUUUUAACUUGCCAUUACGGAAGGCAAUUUACUUGUCGUGUGAAGCGGUGUUGACUUACUUUUUAUUCUCGGCUCAUUUUUCUACAGUCGCUUGAAUUUGACGAGGAAGAAAUCUUAAAUGAGGUAACUUUUAGGUUUUGUUUGUUUAGUGUUCACUUAUAUUUCUUACUCUCCAUGACUGAGUCUCAAUCCAACGGAACAAUACCCGGGAAUAUGUGACUUGGAUUGGAGGAUGUUGCUUGUGAUUCGGUUAUUGUAGUAAAUGUUAUGUGUAUCUUUGUUACAGCUGGAGGCGAUGAGCAAAAAAGAUCAAACAAUAGACAUGGAGGGCACACAGCGAGCAAUUCAGUAUGUGAACUGUAAACUAUUUUCCUCGCGAACAGCGAAGAGGUGGAGAGGGAAUGUGUGGCUGGUGCUAGUGGCAGAACCUUAUAUAUGGAUGUCUGAAAUGUUCUAAACCCUCCCCUCCCCCAGAAAAGUAAACACGAAGAAAUAAACUUUAUUUGAAUUACGAGUAAAAACUGCGGCCACCUAGGCCCCCUCAUUGCUCCGCCGUUCUUUAUGCUAAUCCCAGUAUAAGAUUCUGCAGUCUGUUUUAACCCAGUUGCUAAGUUACACGUUAAUUCAUGCUCUCAUGAUGUUUAUCCUCUUUUUGUUUUACAGGGAAACGUUCCAAACUGUGAAAGACACUACCACCAAAUUGGAGAAACUCAACAAAAGGAUGAUUGAUGAAUCGAAAAAAGGAGAAGCUACUAGGGCCUUAGAGGAGUAUGUUUGGCUCCAUAUCUGCACCAUAAGCUCUAAAUAAGUAUUUCGCCGGCUCUCUAUGCUAAGUUUGUUUUCUCAAGGUGUAGAUACUCUGGUCUCCUCUUCUGGAACAAAUUUCCCUUCCUCAACUCACCUAAAGCCCUCUCAGUCCAGCCAAACGUUCUUAUUAUUUUCAUUCCGUUAUUAUAUUACCUUAUCAGAUGUACCAUUUGUUUGUCAAUAAUCAUCUGGGGAGAAAAAUCAGGCCUAAAAAAUUCAGAAUUCGAACCCAGGCCUCUCAGAUGCUAGUUGGAAGUUACUACCAACUGCAAGGAAUUCACACAAUAGUAAUGAGGCGAAUCUUGGAUGAUUCUUUGUUCAAGGAUGUCUGAAUGUUGUCCUACAGCCUUGUUGAAGGCCUCAUUCGAACUGCAAUAUUGCUAAUCAAAUUUCUACCAACUAUAGACAUAUGUGUGUCUUAAUACAUUAUUUCGUUUUUGUUCAUAACUCUACACCAAUCGGGGGGUCGCUUUUCACGUGAAGCUAAAAUCAUGAUCAUCCUAGGAGUGAGUUUCUCUUUUUUCCAGAGAAAAGAGACAGUUGGAACGGGAGUUGCAGAUUCACAAAAGGAUGGCCACGCAACAAAGGAAGGAACUUUUUUCAAGUAAUUAGGACUCAAAAAUUUGAUUUGUGGCAAAAAUAAUUCCGAGGCAAAAGCUUCCAUCUUUCCUGGUCAAUGUUCGAGGGUAGAUAACACUGUAGUGAAAGAAAAACCCUAGAAUAAAUACGUUGAUCCCAUUGCUAUCGUAUGAACUUGUAUUCUAAUUGUUUGAUCUGUCAACUCAGAAUCUCUUUUCUUGCGAGAUCUUUUCUAGCGAGAUUUUCUCUGGCGAAAGUUUUCACGAAAGGCAAAUUUUUGUUUAUUAGUACUUCAACAAAGGUCGCUCUUUCGAAUUUUUAUAAAUUUAUUAUAUUGAUUCAGUCAGAAAUUUGCCCGAAUGUCUUCGAGAUGACCUUAGUAGGGGAAAUGUCAACGAUCUCCCAAAGUCAGUCCUCCUUCAGAUCCUCCGAAGAUAGCUUAAACCAUAAGUUCUGGAUUCCUCAGUGUAACCUUUACAGUGGAUAAACUUUCUGUGUUGUAAUCAGCCAUCCAUGAGUCUAUGAGAGCUGGUAUUUUGCCUUGCGAAGUCACAGGGUAUCGGGGUUUCGUAAUGGUGUUUCUUUUAUUAUUACAGGAAGGCAAAGCGUUCGAAAUGAGACACAACAAUGGAAACUUGUGGCUGGUGAAAUGGUUGAAAUACUACACAUGGUGCGAAACGAGGGAAAUUUAGGUAAAACUGAGGGGAACUGACCCCUUUUGUUCACUAUUUUCUAUCACAAUCUCCAGAUAUUUGAAGGAUAACAAACGCACUUGCCUCCAUUUGAUGGGAAAGCAUGCUCGUAUAGUUGUCCUCAUACAUUGUCUGUUCCUCGAAGCUCACAGUUUUCGUGUUUGUUCGCAGCUCGGAUUAGAUAAUGUCCUCAGCAAAUAUCCGUGCAUACUUUCUGGCCAAAUGGCUAUUGUUUGUAUAUUAUCAUAAUUAUCACCACUGUCAUUUUUUUAUCAUUAUUGUUAUUAUUAUUAUUAUUAUUAUUAUUAUUAUUAUUACUAUUCUUAGUGUUAUUAUUUUUAUUGUUACCAUUUUUAUUAAUUUUAUUACUACAUUGAGACUGUAGACCUCAAUGAUUAUCCUGCUUCAUUUUUUCAUAGAUAAGGAAUCCUUAGAAAAGGAACUUCAAAAAAUCGUGGCGACUCUUAACGAUCAAAAUGAGUACAUCGAGAAGUAAGUAUUUACACAGGGAAGCUAAGCUCUUGGAGCAGGACUUAUGGUCACUACUGUGGCUUAUGCUUUGUCAGUUCAAGAAUGUCCGACUGAUACUUCGUAGUGUCACCUAUAGCGGUAUCAAAAUGCCUCAAGAAAAAUGAACUAAAUCUAAUCUUGGCAAUACUAGCGUAAUUUGGUAGCAACUUAGGGAAGAAUCAGCACUUCAGCCAAGUGAGCCGCACCGACGGAGCUAAUCGUGGUUCCCGUUGCAUGAAGGGACUGGGAGUAUUUUUACUUCCCCUACGAUGAGAUGGCGGGAUGGUAGUUCAUCUCAGGUUUCCCUUCAUUCUCCCCCGAAGUAUUUUUUUGUUUCAGGUUUCCCUUACAAUUCGCCUGUAUAAUUAGACUCCUAGGUGGAGGGACACAAACAGGGCAAAGUGUCUCGCCCAAGACCACCGCGAAAACCGCGAUCUAGAAUUUCAGAUUGUGGUUCCUCUCCGCGCUGAAAGAGAAACACGUACAACAUUUCAGUUUGAUUUAGAUCUUCACUUUCAGUUAAUCUAUGACCGUCUUUUAAUUCCAGCUUGAAAAAAGACAUCAGCAAACACGAAAAAGUAAGUACGAAAACAAGUUGAAUCAAAUUAAAUCUCUCAACGUUUUAGGAAUUCUCUUAGAUUUUUGCCAUAAGAAAAAAAUUGUUUGCAAAACAGUUAUGUAAGAGACAUCUUUCUAAGAGCAGGAACAUCUGCAAUUUUCCCAAUACAACGAAUACAUUUAAACGCGUAUUCAGCUACCUUAUCAAUUAUUAUUUAUUCAUUACUCUGUUUAUGCAGAGCCAGAAGAACCUCGAGAAAGAUAAAACUCGUAUAUACAAUGACAAGAUUUCAGUUGAGGGCCAACUGGAAAAGAAGCAGAUUGAACUGAAGCAGUGUAAACAGGUUGGCAAUGUUCUUAUUAAUAAAUUUAGCCUCCGCCCUUCAUGCUGAUUACCCAUACCCGACCCCAUACCCGAGAAUUGGUGUACGCAUGCGUAAUGCCACUCAAACUUUGUUUUAUCGGAAAUAUUCUGCUCAUGCGUAAUUAUGUUUACGAUCGUACAUGCAUGUGAGGGAGCAAAUCGCUUCCCUAGGCUUCAAGAGGGUGAUUCCUAAAAAUAAUUUUGAACAAAAAAAAAACAGGCAAAGGAAAAUCAACACAAUUAUUGACCUGUCUGUGUUUCUGUUCAUAUUGCAGCAUCUUCGCAGAUUUCUCGCCGAAAAAAAAGACAAUAUUAAAAUCAGUGAAGCAGUAAUUGACCAGACCGAGGAAACAGAGGAGGUGAGAAUCCUGUACCAUAAUCUGUGGAUACAAGACAAAUGUUUAAAAUUAAAAGUUUUUUGAGUGGCUCUCCGAUAAGUAGCACUCGCUUACGCUUGGUCCGUCGCCCACGUAAAGAGUAAAUUGCUCAUUUCCUGCAAGAUGAUUGGUUCUUUUUGUCUAAGAAAUCUAGACAUCGAUGACAUUAGUGGCAACCGAUAGAUUAAAAUUUUUUUUUCAUGUCAUUUUCUGCCAAUGAUGGUUUCAUUGCGUGAAGAACGCUUUUUUUCUCAUUUUUCCGGCCUUAAUCAUUUUUUGUGGCCACGGCAUAAAAAUAGAUUACGAUUUGUUUAAAUAUGUCAAUCAGCUGGAGGAAAACUGCGCACCAGUCGCUAUAUCUAAAAUUUUGCGUUUGUUUGUGUGGAAAACUUUUCAUUUGUAUCAAGAAAAGUUCCGAGAAGUCAAAAACCGAUUCCUUGGAAAAGAUGAAUAUGGCCUUGAUUUUUUAAAUCAGAUCUUUUUUUUUUCUCCAGUUGCUUCCUUUGCAGACGAAAUCCAUUACAAGUUCAAGCGAGGAUUUUGCCUCGACUGAUAUCCUGCAGGCUCAAGUGAGAGACGCGCGGAAUGUGGCGCAGAAACUUGAAAAGGCGAGUGCCGAGAUUUCAGCUUUCCUCAAAACUGGGAUUCGGGGAAGUGAAAUGUUUAAAUAUAUCUCAUUAUCACAAUGUUUUUAAUUCUUCGUUACAGGAAAACAAAGAACUGCAAAGAAAGUUGGAAUCUUUAGAUGGUAACAGAAAGGUCUGAAGAACUCUUUUUGUAUGAUGAUUGAAACUAAUUUUUAUGUUUGAUAACUAUGGUCAUAGGCAAUGAAAAUAUGAAAUUGAACUCAGUGAUCGAUGACAGAAAUUUCUGGUUUUGUUAAUUUUAAAAGCCGUUUGAAGAA